ACACUCUUCCAACUGAAGGUAUGUAAGAAAUUAUGCAUUAUCUUUGUGGAGUUUAAACACAUCAAUCUUUUUUUUUUUUCACAUCUCAAAUGUCUGCUUAUACUUUUCUCUUUUACAGUUUACAGCAAAACAGCUUGAGAAACUUGCCAAAAAGGCAGAGAAGGAUUCAAACUCUGAGCAAGCCAAAGUUAAAAAGGUCAGUAAAGAAUGUGCUUUCUGGGACACAAAUGUAGGCUAGUAAACACUUGUGUGCAGUAAGGAGAACAUAUUUUGAAGUGUGAAGAUACUGCCUGAACAGAUUUUUGUUUUUUUCUGCAAAACGUAUUGCUAUAUGGUGUACACUUCUCUACAGAACACAACCCCGGUUCUGGGUUUUAGUGUUGAAUGGCGGGAACCGUGUUGCCGAGAUUUACCGCCCAAAACCACUCCCUUUUCCCGGGAUAAAUAACUGCGAGAAACCAGUAAAUUAUAAUAAAUUAUUUAUAUGAACAGCAUGGCGUGAAAUGGAACUGUUAAAUUAUAUGCAAUGUCUAAAUCUGGCUUUUCUACUGCCUCUUCAUGAUGAAUCAUCAACGCUCAGGGUGGGGACAGACAGCCCAUCUCAGUAUGGAGCGCAGUUCACAAUGCAUGUAGACCUAUCAUCUCAUCAUGGUAACUUUUUUUCUUGUGACAGGUAGGCCUGCAUUUGCUGCAGCAUAGUCUGUGCUACAGUAAUUAAGACCAAAUUAGCGUCUAAUUUACCCAUCUCCACCUGGCGUUUGGGGGUCACCGUCUUUUUUAAUUGUAAAGAGUAUUUUAAAAUUGUAGCUGCAGAGUUUUAAACAGCCUAUCACUUUAAUCAUGUUGCUUUAAAUCUGUGCACGCACGAGCACUCUCUUGCAGUCUUUCUCUAUCUCCAUCAACUCCAAUCAAAUUGCAUCCAAAAUAGAUAAUCCUGUCUAGAUUAAUAUAUAGCCCUAUAUAUAGAUGUCUUAGCCUACCUCUUUCAGGUAAUACAUUCAAUGCAGUAUUAGCCUUAUAUUUGGCUAAUUCAUGAUGGGAUAUGCAUAAUAAGCUUCUAACUUAUAGCCUGUGCAAUAUGCACGCACAUGUGCUCCGCUGGCCUCUCUCCCUAAAAAAACGUUCCUCAGCUCUUGGAGUCCCAUGCAGGAAAAGCUAGACAAGAAUAGCUUGCUGGACAUAAUUUUUUUUUAGCAUUUCUUCUACAAAUAGACUAUUCGAAGACUACUGCAAGCUCUUGUUUGCUGAAUGUUAAAUACAGCAGCCAAUAGCACUCACAGGUAGUUUGAAAGAAGAGCGAACGCGUGAUGGUGGUAGGCUAUAGCAGUUAUUUAUUCCGACCCAUAACCAUUCAAUCUUCGUGAAGAGAAGUGAAAGCCUUUUGCAUCUAAUUCUUAUGUUAUUCAAGGAUGUCAUUAGAAUGCUGAAAAUAAGGACAAUAAAACGUAUUUAACUGUUGAAAGCGAGGAAGGACUGAAUGAAGCAACAAUAGAGAGAGAAAGAGGAGGUAGGCUAAUAACAGAGGAAAUAUUAUGAAAGGUAUAUAUGCAUCAGCCACUAGUUAUACAAAUAGAGCCUAUUAUAUUUAAAAAUUACAAUAAAAUGUCUAGCCUAUACUUGUAACUUUGUAGGCCGCAUCGGCUGCACCAGAAUCGCAUGUUCUCUUCCUACUUUAUCCUUGUUUGAACGAUGUGCGUAAUUCCAGUCCAUAUAAAACCAUAUAGUACAGUAAUACAGUUCACACUGUAUUAGCCUACUGGAGCUAGUUUCAGUUAUUUGCCCAAGAGAACAUAUACAGUGCAUUCGGAAAGUAUUCAGACCCCUUGAUUUUUUUCAUCAUUUUGUUAUGUUACAGGCUUAUUCAAAAAUUGAUUGAACACAAUACCCCAUAAUGACAAAGCAAAUAAAGGUUUUUAGACAAUGUUGCUAAUUUAUAAAAAAUAAAAAACUGAAAUAUUACAUUUACAUAAGUAUUCAGACCCUUUACACAGUACUUUGUUGAAGCACCUUUGGCAGCAAUUACAGCCUUGAGUCGUCUUGCCGUUCUUGGGUAUGACGCUGCAAGCUUGGUACACCUGUAUUUGGGGAGUUUCUCCCGUUCCUUUCUGCAGAUCCUCUCAAGCUCUGUCAGGUUUGAUGGGGAGCGUUGCUGCACAGCUAUUUUCAGGUCUCCAGAGAUGUUUGAUCGGGUUCAAGUCCGGGCUAUGGCUGGGCCACUCAAGGACAUUCAGACUUGUCCCGAAGCCACUCCUGCAUUGUCUUAGCUGUGUGCUUAGGGUCGUUGUCCUGUUGGAAGGUGAACCUUCGCCCCAGUCUGUCCUGAGUGCUCUGGAGUAGGUUUUUAUCAAGGAUCUCUCUCUACUUUGCUCCGUUCAUCUUUGCCUUGAUCCUGACAAGUCUCCCAGUCCCUGCUGCUGAAAAACAUCCCCACAGCAUGAUGCUGCCACCACCAUGCUUCACCGUAGGGAUGGUACCAGGUUUCCUCCAGAUGUGACGCUUGGCAUUCAGGCCAAAGAGUUCAAUAUUAGUUUCAUCAGACCAGAGAAUCUUGUUUCUCAUGGUCUGAGAGUCCUUUAGGUGCCUUUUGGCACACUCCAAGCGGGCUGUCUUGUGCCUUUUACUGAGGAGUGGCUUCCGUCUCUACCAUAAAGGCAUGAUUGGUGGAGUGCUACAGAGAUGGUUGUCUUUCUGGGAGGUUCUGCCAUCUCCACGGAGGAACUCUAGAGCUCUGUCAGAGUGAACGUCGGGUUCUUGGUCACCUCCCUGACCAAGGCCCUUCUCCCCUGAUUACUCCGUUUGGCCGGGCGGCCAGCUCUAGAAUGAUGGAGGCCACUGUGUUCUUGGGAACCUUCAAUGCUACAGAAUUUUUUUGCCACCCUUCCCCAGAUCUGUGCCUCGACACAAUCCUGUCUCGGAGCUCUACGGACAAUUCCUUCGACCUCAUAGCUUGGUUUUUGCUCUGACAUGCACUGUCAACUGUGGGACCUUAUAUAGACAUGUGUCUGCUUUUCCAAAUCAUGUCCAAUCAUAUUGAAUUUACCACAGGUGGACUCCAAUCAAGUUGUAGAGACAUUUCAAAAAUUAUCAAUUAAACAGGAUGCACCUGAGCUCAAUUUCGAGUCUCAUAGCAAAGGGUCUGAAUACUUAUGUAAAUAAGGUAUUUCUGUUUUUUAUUUUUUUAUAUAUACAUCUGCAAACAUUUCUAAAAAACAGUUUUUGCUUUGUCAUUGUGGGUUAUUGUGUGUAGAUUGAUGAGGGAAAAUAAUAUUUCAUCCAUUUCAGAAUAAGGCUGUAAUGUAACAAUGUGGAAAAAGUCAAGGGGUCUAAAUACUUUCAGAAGGCACUGUGGAGAGCUACAUUUAUGGGCUUUUAUGUUUUUCUGUUGUGCGUAAUGUGCAGUAGCCUAUAUCAUAUAGGCCUAUGUAUUGAUAACGGCACAAUCAUUUUGGCUUUUUUUGGCUUGGGGUCAUUAAAUGUAUUUUUUAAUGUAGGGCUCAUAAAAUGUAUUUAAUGUAUGGCUCAUCAGGCUCAGGUAGCAUCAGGCUUGAAUUUUCGAUCAAAGUUCUAGUCAAAUCCAGACAUAGUCCUAUUUAUAUGCAUUAUAAUGGAACAUUUGUAAAAUACCAGGAAAGUAUUCAACUCUAAUGGGUAGACAGGGUAUGGCUGUUUAGCUAGUGAGUGUAUUGUUCAUACUUGUACUCAAACGACUAGGCAGGAUCAGCGCUCAGUAAACCCCAUAGCGUAUAAACAACAAUGUGAGAAUAUUUAUACAAUUUGUGUAAUUAAAUACACUACACUGCUCGUCAAACAUCUAAUUCCAAAAUCAUGGACAUUCAUUUGGAGUUGGUCCCCCCUUUGCUGUUACUGUAUAACAGCCUUCCCUCUUCUGGGAAGGCUUUCCACUAGAUGUUGGAACAUUGCUGCAGAACUAAGGAGCCUGAACCAUGAAAAACAGCCCCAGACCAUUAUUCCUCCUCCACCAAACUUUAGAGUUGGCACUUUGCAUUCGGGCAGGUAGCGUUCUCCUGACAUCCAUCAAACUCAGAUUUGUCCGGACUGCCACAUGGUGAAGCGUGAUUUAUCACUCCAGAGAAUGCGUUUCCACUGCUAGACGUUGCCACUUCACAAUAACAGCACUGACAGUUGACUGGGGCAGCUCUAGCAGGGCAGAAAUUUUACGAACUGACUUGUUGGAAAGGUGGCAUCCUAUGAUGGUGCCACAUUGAAAGUCACUGAGCUCUUCAGUAAGGCCAUUCUACUGCCAAUGUUUGUCUAUGGAGAUUGCAUGGCGGUGUGCUCAAUUUUAUACACCUGUCAGUAACGAGUGUGGCUGAAAUAGCCGAAUACACUAAUUUGAAGGGGUGUCCACAUACUUUUGGUGAUGUAGUGUAGCUCAUGUUAACGUAAUAAUUAUUAGGCAUCGUGUUCAGUUGGCGUGGUCCUCUGUAGCUCAGCUGGUAGAGCACGGCGCUUGUAACGCCAAGGUAGCUCAGCUGGUAGAGCACGGCGCUUGUAACGCCAAGGUAGUGGUUUCGAUCCCCGGGACCACCCAUACACAAAAAUGUAUGCACGCACGACUGUAAGUCGCUUUGGAUAAAAGCGUCUGCUAAAUGGCAUAUUAUUUUAUAUUAUUUAUAAAGAGGUGUGCUACACAUUAACCAGCAGGUGGCAGUGGAUGAUCAUGGUUGAGGCUGCACCGGUCCAUUACUGACCAAAGGAUUUACACCGACGACCAGGGGCCAUAUGUGUCAAACCUCUCAGUGUAGGAGUGCUGAUUUAGGAUCAGUUUUGCCUUUUAGAUCGCAAUUAAUAAGAUUACAUGGACAGGGGGGACCUGAUCCUAGAUCAGUACUCUUACUCUAAGAUGCUUGUUACACAUAUGGCCCCUGAACUUGUUUUCAUAGGCAACUGAAGUGACUUUGUGUCUAUGUUUGUCUCACCAGGCUCUUCAGCAGAAGAAUGUGGAAGUUGCCAGAGUGUAUGCAGAGAAUGCCAUCCGUAAGAAGAACGAGGGCCUUAAUUGGCUGCGCAUGGCAUCUCGUGUUGAUGCUGUGGCCUCCAAGGUCCAGACUGCAGUCACUAUGAAGGCGGUGAGUCUAUUCCCUCUGCCUAAUAAUAACAAUGUGCUAUCAUUCAAUUGUAUCUCACUCUUUAGUCAAAGUCAUAUUUCUCUUGACCCCCAAUCUCUACCAUCUUCUCUAUUGUCUACUUUCAUAAGCAUGCACUCUGUUGUGUGGCUCUCUGCUUGUCUGAUCCAGUCUGGCUUUUUUCCCUAGGUCACAAAGAAUAUGGCGCAGGUCACCAAGGCGCUGGACAAGGCACUGGGUUCCAUGGACCUGCAGAAGGUGUCUGCUGUCAUGGACAAGUUUGAGACACAGGUCCAGAACCUGGAUGUUCACACCUCUGUGAGUGGCACAAGUUAUAGAAAGUAUUCCUCAUGUGCAUAACAGUUGUACUGCUGAUCGAUUUCAUUUCUUUAAUUCAUUACUUCACUAGCCUCUUAUUCACUUGUCGCCUUCUUUCCUAAGACCUCUAUUUCACUAGGCCUCCUCGACCAUUAUACUCCUAAUUCGCUAACCAUCGUAGUUCACUUAACCCUCUAUCUCACCAUGUAUUACUGUACCCUUCUGGAUGAUCAUAUAUGUCGCAUUAAUGGUGAAACAACAUAAACCCACUCACUGUUGCCAUCCUGUAGGUGAUGGAGGACUCGAUGAGCUCGGCCACCACACUGACCACGCCCCAAGACCAGGUGGAUGACCUCAUCGUCCAGAUAGCAGAGGAGAGUGGUCUGGAGGUGAUGGACCAGCUCAGCCAGCUGCCUGCAGGAGCCACCUCACUGGGAGAGAGCUCCUCACGCUCACAGCAAGAGAAGGAGGACCAGCUGUCCCGC